AACCCUAAAUCUCUAUCUCUCCUCUUUCUCCUCUCUCUCUCUCUCUCUCUCUCUCUCUAGACCACAAUUAGAGCUUCAUCUCACCAUUUACGAAGCUCCGUUUCGUUCUUUUCAGUUGAAGGGUGUGGAGGGAGCAGUGGAGUGGGAAAUGGCUGGGACUGCGAGUGAGGAAUCUGGAGUUGGAAGGUCUUUCGAGGAGAUUUCAAGUGUGCAGCAGCGUUGCCAAUCUGGGGAAGCAUUGGUGGAAUGGCAGUCCUCUGAGCAGUUGGAAAAUGGAACCCCGUCAACUUCUCCCCCUUAUUGGGACACUGAUGACGACGAUGACUGUGGACCAAAACCUUCUGAGUUAUAUGGAAAGUAUACAUGGAAGAUAGAUAAAUUUUCACAGAUUAACAAGCGAGAACUUCGUAGUAAUGCAUUUGAGGUCGGCGGCUACAGAUGGUACAUUUUAAUAUACCCUCAAGGUUGUGAUGUCUGCAAUCAUCUUUCUUUGUUUCUCUGUGUGGCUAAUCAUGACAAGCUUCUUCCAGGAUGGACUCAUUUUGCACAGUUCACUAUAGCUGUGGUGAAUAAAGAUCCUAAGAAAUCCAAAUAUUCUGAUACGUUACAUCGAUUCUGGAAGAAAGAGCAUGACUGGGGAUGGAAAAAAUUUAUGGAGCUAUCUAAAGUGUUAGAUGGGUUUAUUGAUGCUGAUACUCUCAUUAUUAAAGCUCAAGUCCAAGUCAUCAGGGAGAGAGCAGACCGUCCCUUUCGCUGCCUUGAUUGUCAGUAUAGGAGAGAACUUGUUCGGGUAUAUUUGACAAAUGUAGAGCAAAUUUGUCGCCGUUUUGUGGAAGAAAGAAGAAGCAAGCUUGGGAAAUUGAUAGAAGAUGAAGCUAGAUGGUCAAGCUUUUGUGCUUUCUGGGUAGGGAUUGACCAAAAUGCUAGGCGCCGUAUGUCCAGGGAGAAAACAGGUGCAAUUUUGAGAGUUGUGGUGAAGAACUUCUUUAUAGAAAAGGAAGUAACCUCUACCUUGGUAAUGGAUUCCCUGUACAGUGGACUGAAGGCUCUUGAAGGCCAGACCAAGAGCAAGAAAGGUAGGGGGAAAUUACUGGAUGCAGAAGAAUUGCCGGUUCCUAUUGUUCGCAUAGAGAAAGAUAUAUUUGUUUUGGUGGAUGAUGUGUUACUACUACUUGAGAGGGCUGCCUUGGAACCAUUGCCUCCAAAGGAUGAUAAGGGUCCUCAGAACCGUACAAAGGAUGGGGGUUCUGGUGAGGACUUCAACAAGGACUCCAUUGAGCGUGAUGAAAGGCGUCUUACUGAACUAGGUCGUAGGACCAUUGAAAUAUUUGUCCUAGCCCAUAUAUUCAGGGCUGAAACUGAGCAGAAAGCAAAACGCGGUGCUGCUGUAAAGGAAAAGAAGUUAAAGAAAAAGAAGUUGAACCAUGGUGUCCUUCAUGUCGAUGGUGGUACAACCUAAGAAACACGGUCUUUUUGGAUAAAGAUAGAUGGAACGCCAACCUUUAGAGUGCAAAAGAUACCCGUGAACGUACUCUCCAACAAGCUAUCAUAAAAAUAACCUAUCUGUUACCAAGAAACAAGAACUUUACCGUGUGUUAUUAUGUUUGAGAAUGACUCAAAACAUUGCAGUAAGAUUUUGUACUUGCCUCUUUUCCCCAUUUUGUGCCAUUUUCAAAUGUGCAAGAAGCCAAGUUCCUUGCUUCUUCUGAAACAAUAUCUGAUAGCAGUCCUAUCCCAUUGGCUUCUUGUUCAUUUAUACCCUUCAAUGAAGCAAUGAAUUUGCUAGACAAACCAAAAUUACUUUCAGGUU